CCCAAGAAUCAACGCGAAACAUGACCUCCGACAUGCGGAAGUGAUUCAGGAAGUAGCUUUGAAAGCGAUACAGGAAUACGAUCACUGUAUUUCAGAAGUAAAUUAAUAAAAUAUAACUUGUAAGCUACCUGCACAAAGCUGUUAUACGAUACACCAUGUCUAGGCAGUCCAACAGAACCACAGACAACAAGAAGAUGAAUUCAGAAUUGUUUACUCUCACCUAUGGAGCCCUGGUCACACAGCUCUGUAAGGAUUAUGAAAAUGAUGAGGAAGUGAACAAGCAGCUUGAUAAAAUGGGUUACAAUAUUGGAGUACGUCUCAUCGAGGACUUCUUGGCUCGCUCUAGUGUUGGCAGGUGUCACGAUUUCCGAGAAACAGCCGAUGUCAUUGCAAAGGUAGCCUUUAAGAUGUAUCUGGGCAUCACGCCCAGUGUGACGAACUGGAGCCCUGCUGGAGAUGAGUUCUCCCUCAUCCUGGAGAGCAAUCCACUGGUGGACUUUGUGGAGCUUCCGGACAACCAUAACACUCUAAUUUACUCCAACCUACUGUGUGGUGUGCUGAGAGGAGCUCUGGAGAUGGUGCAAAUGGCAGUGGAUGUGCGUUUUGCUCAAGACACUCUAAGAGGAGACAAUGUGACAGAAAUCCGCAUGAAGUUCAUCAAAAGGAUUGAGGAAAAUCUGCCUGCAGGUGAUGAGUGAAGCUGCUAUGAUGUUAUGGCUGGAGAAGCUGAAAAGCACUGGAUUAUUGGAUCUGAAAGACUUUGAUAAUUAAGUUUGGUCAGAGCCAAACGCCUACAGUUUAGCCAAAAAGAGCUGAUCCUUUGUCUGGCAUUUAAGAAGUUGUUAUACUUUUUAUUUGGCUUUAUGGACCAUCACAUUUCCAAAGAGAUAUUUGGUCUGUGAUUUAACUAAAUAAAUGAAUCUCCUAAACACCUCCUUUAGACACUAUUACUUUGACCUGUUCCAAAUUUAAUUUGGAAAGAUUUUUCAGUUUUUAACUGGUGUAGUAUUUUCCGAUUUCCUCCCACUUAAUUUUUAGUUAAAAAAAUAAUAAUAAUUCCUUUAUUCCAGAAAUAAACUUCCUUUAUUCUUGUAUGCUGGAUAUGCUUAUUGGAAGAAGCAUGAGGAAGGAUGUACACACUCGUUUAAGUAGGCACAGAUGUACAGUGCAUUCCCUUCAACUAGUGAUAUCUUUAUCUCCCCUAUUGGCCCCAUAUUGGAAAGGUUUUCAGUCUUUUGGAAUUUGCAUCUAAUAGUUUGGCAUAAAAAUAUAUUUAAAAAAAAAAGAAAGCAACAGAAAUGAAAUCAAAUAAAGGGCAACAUAUGUUUCUGCUAUGUUCUUUUUCACAUUUUUUUGAAAUCAGCAUUUUGGUAUGUAAAGUAUAUGUGUCAUGUUUGAGUUAACUUAUGUAUAAAUAACACGAGAAGGAAUAAAUUACUAACUCAAUGUGAA